ACUAUUGUAGUCCGCUUCCGGCGCUGGAGGUGUUGUUGUUGAGGCGCUAUGGUUUGUCAGCGCGGCCUCGAUAUUUUCCUGUGAGUUUUUGUCGUUUUCUGCGGGUUUGAUGUUCCGCGCCGCCGAGAUCAAGAGCUUCGGUAAAGCGGGAACCGGCUGGCACUUUCGGCGGACGAUGGACGAGCUGGUCCAUGACUUGGUGUCGGCUUUGGAGGAGAGCUCCGAACAAGCCCGUGGAGGGUUUGGAGAUGGAGGAGAUCAUGCCCUUGCCGUCGGUUGCCUGCUGAAGCGCCAGGCCCGCAAGCGCCGUGGCCGGAAACGUCGUUCCGACAAUCCUCACCCACCCUGGGACACCUGCCACCUAAGCGAAGGCUCCGAAUCCAGCCUGGAGGAGCAGAAAGACUACCGUUCCUCCACGGCAGCAGGGGGCGCUAACACCCGUGACAAUAACAGUGACUCUGAUGAGCAGCUGGGCGCCAAACGCCGAACGCCUCUCACUGCUGACUCCGGCCGAGGAAAAAGACCACUUUGGCUGGAUGAUCUGAGCGGGGCGGAUGUUUUGGGGACACGCAGUUUGCGAAGACGCCGGAAAGUCAAGCGCAUGGCUGUGGAUCCACCACUAGAUGUCACUGCAAUGCUCGCGCCACCAGCUAAAGCACCAGCAGUAGGGGGCGGCAGAGAGACUGUGUUCGGUCCGGAGGCCAAAGUGAGCGACGCCAACAAGAACAGGGUGAAGAAGAGGAAGUUUACAGUGCAGAGACUCACUCAGGACGUGGCGGAUGAAGGAGUGGUGGUGGAGAGUGAAGAAGCGGGACACUCGCUCAAAGAUAAGAUGGACUUCGAGGAGCAGAAAGGCUCAGAUGAGGAGAUGAGUGACAGCGAGACGAGCAGUGUGAGCAACAGCAGCGACGGAGGUCUGUACACCAAUGACGAGGGAAGACAAGGAGACGAUGAGCAGAGCGACUGGUUCUACGAGGGUGAGCCGGGCGGCGCUUGUGGCAUUGCCGGUGUUGUGCCCUGGUGGGAGAGAGACUCCAAUGAACUGGAUCUCAACGACCCCGUAUUUAACAGCAUCCUGACCGGAGCAUUUCCAUUAAUGUCACAGGGAGCCCAAAGAGGGUUUCAAGCACGACUCGCACGACAGACCUGUCUUGAACAGUCACAAGGAAGCUCUCAAGGAAUUUCCGAUAGAUUACCCAGACUAUCUCAGGAUCCUCACGAGUCGUGGUUCAGUUCUGGUGCCAGAAGAGACCAAUUACUUUGGGAUUCACGCAGUGACAGAAGCCACAGGAAAAGCUGCUCUUUAAAAACAGCUAGCAGGCAAACAAGUGGUCAUCUUGGCUCUUUGUGUACUGGAGAUAUAAAAAGACGACGGAAAGCUGCGCCUGUAGGAGCACAAUCAUCUUCAGGUGUGGUUGGCGAAAGCGCUGCUCCUCUGCCCGACUCAAACCUGGGCAACCGGAUGCUGCAGAGUAUGGGCUGGACCCCAGGAACCGGCCUGGGCCCCGAAGGCAGAGGCAUCACGGAGCCAAUCCGAGCGUCUCAGAGGCCGAAAGGAGCCGGACUGGGCUUUAACUGAACUCUACCAGAACAGAAACUGCGAUCCGAUCUGUUUAUCCUCCCCGUCAACAGAGGGCAGCACUGAGGCGAUAGAGAAGCAGAUGUAGAAAAAGAUGACGGGACGGUAUCAAACAAACACUGACUCUAGAGCUGCCUCACUGCCGACACAUUUCACCGCCACAGUUAACAAAAAUAAUUCGCGUAUUUCUCCCAACAAGUCAAUUUGGUAAUCAGAAUUUGCAAGAAAUUCUGAUUUAAAUAGGAUGACGGUAAACGUAACGAAAACCGAACGCUUUACAAUACCGGACAUGUGGUUAAUUCGUUUACUAACAUGGACGGACAAUAAACAACACAGUUUUGAUAAUGCUAGGUAAUGGAAAUAUGGUAAUCUAUUGUUAGCUCUUGUUAACUGCAUUAUCGUUAACUAAUCUUUGGGUUUUAAUAAUGCACUAUUUAAUGUUGAACUAUGAUUAAUGAAUGCAAGUAUCAGUUAUGGUUUGUAACUUCAGCUAAGAGUCUUGCGUUGUAAAGUGUGAGUUAAAAGAAGUUAACUGAAAAUCAGGGUGGGUUUUUAGCACCUUUAAAAUGUUGUGGUUUUGUCGGUAAUACGUUAAAAUAAUGGUCCAUUAGUUAAUGCGUUUAUUACAUUAUGAAUAUUAUUGUAAAGCAUUCAUUAAUCAUAGUUCAGCAUUUACUAAUACAUUAUUAACAUCCAAAGUUGUGCUUGUUACAUUAGCUUAUGCACCAAGUUAACAUACUAACGUGAAUUAACUUCAAUAAUAUUAACUAACGUUAACAAACAUGAAUAAAUACUGUAAUAAAUGUAUUUAUAGUUUGUUCAUGUUAGUAAAUACAUGAACUAACAUUAAGUAAUGGAGCAUUAUUUUGAAGUGUCAUCGUUGUGUUUUUUGUGACAUUUUCAUGUUAAUUAAGCACAUUUUUUGGAAAAUGAAUUGUUUUUUCAAUAAGCUUUUUUCACAUUAUUAUAAUGAGAAUUUGGGAUAUAAAAGUGUUUAAUUAGCAUGGAAAUGUUACAACAGAACUAUUCUGAAAAUAGGCUUUAUUUUGUGGUCACACUUUACAGUAAAGUUUCAUUAGUCAAGGGAUUUACUAACAUGAACCAACAAUAAGUAAACUGAGUGUUUAUCAAUCAUACUUUAACAUUUACUAAUGCAUUAUUAAAUCCCAAACAUUAGCUAAUGCACCGUAAGUUAAUGUAGUAACGUGAAUUCCCUUUAAUAACACAAACUAACAUUAACAAACAUGAAUAAAUACCUUAAUAAAUGUAUUAUUCAUAGUUUGUUCAUGUUAGUAAAUACAUGAACUAACAUUGACUAAUGGACUUUUUUUUUUUAUAAGGUGUUACUGUUUAGUUUUUUUGGGGACAUUUUCAUGUUAAUUAAGCACAUUUUGUAACACAUUUUAAAAAAAUAAAUUAUUUAUACUCCUUUUUUUUCACAUUACUGAAAUGAGAAUUUGCGAUAUAAAAGUGUUAAAUUGUCAUGAAAAUGAUGCAACCAAAACUAUUCUGAAAAUAGGCUUUAAUUUGAGGUCACACUUUACAGUAAAGUUUUAUUAGUUAAUAGAUUUACUAACAUGAACUAAUAACAAAUGAACGAAGCGUUUAUUAAUCAAACUUCAACAUUUACUAAUGCAUUAUUAAAUCCCAAGCAUUAGCUAAUGCACUGUUAACAUGUAUUAACGUGAAUUAACUUUAAUAACACAAACUAACAUUAACAAACAUGAAUAAAUACUUUAAUAAAUGUAUUAUUCAUAGUUUGUUCAUGUUAGUAAAUGCAUGAACUAACAUUAAGUAAUGGAGCAUUAUUUUAAAGUGUCAGCGUUGUGUGUUUUGUGACAUUCUCAUGUUAAUUAAGCACAUUUUUUUGGAAAAUGAAUAAUUUUUUCAAUAAGCUUUUUUCACAUUAUUAUAAUGAGAAUUUGGGAUAUAAAAGUGUUUAAUUGGCAUGAAAAUGCUGCAACAGAACUAUUCUGAAAAUAGGCUUUAUUUUGAGGUCACACUUUACAGUAAAGUUUCAUUAGUCAAGGGAUUUACUAACAUGAACCAACAAUAAGUAAACUGAGUGUUUAUCAAUCAUACUUUAACAUUUAUUAAUGCAUUAUUAAAUCCCAAACAUUAGCUAAUGCACCGUAAGUUAAUGUAGUAAUGUGAAUUCCCUUUAAUAACACAGACUCACAUUAACAAACAUGAAUAAAUACUAUAAUAAAUGUAUUAUUCAUAGUUUGUUCAUGUUAGUAAAUACAUGAACUAAUAUUGACUAAUGGACUUUUUUUUUAUUUUUUAUAAAGUGUUACCGUUUAGUUUUUUUGGGGAUAUUUUCAUGUUAAUUAAGCACAUUUUGUAACACAUUUUUUAAAAAUAAAUUAUUUAUACUCCUUUUUUUUCACAUUACUGAAAUGAGAAUUUGGGAUAUAAAAGUGUUAAAUUGUCAUGAAAAUGAUGCAACCAAAACUAUUCUGAAAAUAGGCUUUAAUUUGAGGUCACACUUUACAGUAAAGUUUCAUUAGUUAAUAGAUUUACUAACAUGAAUUAAUAACAAAUGAACGAAGCGUUUAUUAAUCAAACUUUAACAUUUACUAAUGCAUUAUUAAAUCCCAAACAUUAGCUAAUGCACUGUAAGUUAACAUGUAUUAACGUGAAUUAACUUUAAUAACACAAACUAACAUUAACAAACAUGAAUAAAUACUUUAAUAAAUGUAUUAUUCAUAGUUUGUUCAUGUUAGUAAAUGCAUGAACUGACAUUAACUAAUGGACCUUUAUUUUAAAGUGUUAACGUUUGUUUUUUGAGACAUUUUCAUGUCAAUUAAGCACAAUUUUGAAGACAUUUUUUGAAAAUUAAUUAUUUAUAUGCUGUUAUUUUCACAUUAAUGUAAUGAGAAUUUAGGAUAUGAAGGUGUUAAUUGUCAUAAAAUUUUGCAACAAAUUAUUCUGAAAACAGGCUUUAUUUUGAGGUCACACUUUACAGUAAAGUUUUAUUAGUUAAUGGAUUUACUAACAUGAACUAAUAAUGAAUGAAUUAAACGUUUAUUAAUCGUAGUUGAACAUUAGCUAAUGCAUUAUUAAAUCCCAAACAUUAGCUAAUGCACUAAGUUAUCAUGUACUAACGUUAACAAACAUGAAUAAAUACUAUAAUAAAUGUAUUAUUCAUAGUUUGUUCAUGUUAGUAAAACCUGAACUAACAUUAGCUAAUAGACCAUUAUUUUAAAGUGUUAACGUUUGGUUUUUGUGACAUUUUCAUGUUAGUUAAGCACAUUUGAAUGAAUUAUUCAUAUUCAAUAAACUUUUUCACAUUACUGUAAUGAGUGUUUGGGAUAUAAAAGUGUUUAUCUGUCAUGAAAAUGCUUCUACAAAAGCUAUUCUGGUAAUAGGCUUUAUUUUUAAAUUCACACUUUACAAUAAAGUUUCAGUAGUUAAUCUAUUUACUAAUAUGAACUAAUAUCUAACAAUAUACUUGUACAGCAUUAUUAAUCAUACGUUUACUAAUGCAUUAUUAAAACCCAAAGUUGUGCUUGAUGACAUUAGCUAAUGCGCUCUGAGUUCACAUGAACUAACAAUGGCUUUUUAUUAACUAAUGUUAACAAAGAUGAAUAAAUACUGCAAUAAAUGUAUUAUUUAUCAUUUCUUCAUGCUAGUAAAUGCAUUAACCAACAGAACUUUAUUGUAAAAUGUCACCCUUUUACAUUUCGAUAUACGGUAGUCAACAUCUGAAGUGGUUCAAAGCAUUUCAUCAAAGUUGUGCUAAACCUACAGAACGACACCUCUUUCUUGUUUUCACCCUAUAACUCAGAGGGGAUGAUAAACGACAUCAAAACCUCAGCGGACAUUUGCUAAAUGUUUUUUGUUGUUGUUGAAUUGUAUGAUUAUUUUUUAAUGAAAAAUACUUUUUAAAAUAUUUCCACCUAUGAAGACCUACAAAUGUUUUAGCAGAUUAGAUCAGCCCAAAUUACUGUCUCCCUUUAUUAUUUGAUAUUUGUUUAUCAGAUUUGUUUAUCAUGAUAGACGUUUUUUUUACCAUUUAACUAUUUUUUUUUUAAUUUCUAAAAAUUGUCCAAAUAUCAUGCUCUAAUAAUGAAUGUCAGCCGUUUACACUCUCACAGAAACAAUCCUACGUCUAUGAAAAGCUGAGAAGAUUUAUUAUUUACAUGACUGAACACACUUGUGUUUUAAUAAUGCCUAUAUAUACGAAGGUUUGAGGUCCAUCCUGUUUAUUUCCAGCGUGUAUGACUUGAAAUUCAGCGAAACGCACACGUUUCUGAGCAGAGUUUAAGUAAUGAAUAGGAUUAAUUGACUGAAUUGGCUUAGUUUAGAUGGAAUUAACUAUUCGAGGAGGCGACACACACACACACACACUUACUACUGACGACUGUCGUUUCUGACCGUCACGAGGUAAAGAAGAUUACACCAUUGUUGGAUAAACACUUCAAUGCCUCUUACCAACAAUCGCUGAUGAUUGGAGAUGCUAUUAUCUCAGCAGAGCGUCGCUGAGACAGGAAGAAAACGUGACAUCACUUCCUUUCUGGUGUUUGUUUUUGGGAACAUGUCGUAUUUUUAAUCAUGUUUGCACUCCGAAUGAAUCGCUAUGUUGACAUGAACGAGGAGUGUGUCAUGUUUGUCUCUUUUUGUGAUCUGUAAACACGCCAAACAUGCCACAUUUGUUUCAUUCUGUUGUUUGUUUUUGGCCAAUGUGCGAGCUUUGAGGAGCAGGAAUGUAAAGGUCUCUGUGUGUGCUAAUGUUCAUAUACUGUAGAUCAGUAUUAAAGCAUUCCCUGCUCAAGGA